AUGGACAUUGACGAUAACAACAGUACCAUAAUCAAUCAAAAAUCAACUCGAAAUAAAAAAGUACAACAUAGUCAACAAGUGCCAUUGUUUCAAAAUUAUAAUGAUCAUAGUACUAGAAGAAAAGAUCAACAUGGGCGCCAAGCAGAUAGUGAAAAAUAUCAACCGUUCAACGGACAAGAACAAAAAAAAGAAAUCUAUUGUGAAUUCGAAGAAGAACUAUGGAAAGAACUUGAAAAAGUGGAACAACAAGAAAAAGAAUUAAAACGACAAAAGAAAGUUUGGGAACAAGAAUGUUUAAAAUUAUUUCUAGGCACCGAUGAAUACGAGCAAACUUAUGUUGAACAUGCAGCACAACAUACAGCUGUCGAAGAGAUGGACAUUGGAAAAGCAUUCCAACAACAAGACGAAACCAUGAAACACAUUCAAAAUUCAAAACAAUAUCAACAACAUCCAUUUGAAGGACAUCGGAAACUUAUGGACUCAUUCAAGCAUUUCCAAUUCAGUGACAAUGAUACUGGAUACUACGAAACAAACUCGAAGUAA